AUGGGCUGUUGCACAUCAACGAAAAAUAAAGUCAAUUCGAGUAUAAAAAUCACAAGCAGUCGGGACAUUUUUACAGAACAAGGAAUCUUUGUUCAACUAAAUAGAAACACUGUUGAAGAUGUUUAUGAAUUUGGCAAGUCUUUAGGACAUGGAGCUUAUGGUGAGGUUAGAGUUGUAACCCGCAAAGGAACUAACAUCGAAAGAGCUGUCAAAAUUAUACCUAAAGAGGGAGAUUUUCAAACCAAAGAGUUUUUAAAUGAAGUAAAAAUGAUGAAAAUUCUUGGUCAUCCAAAUACCGUUCAGAUUUAUGAAUAUUUUGAUAGCCCAAAAAAGUGCUAUUUAGUAAUGGAACUAUGCAAAGGAGGAGAAUUGCUUGAUGAGCUGAUCGAAAGAAACCAUUUUCAUGAAUAUGAUGCUGUACUAGUUAUGAAGCAAGUUUUCUCAGCAGUUAGUUAUUUGCAUAGUCGAAACAUUAUACAUAGAGAUCUAAAACCACAAAACAUUUUAUUAGAGAGUAAGGGAAAUACAAGCCAUAUAAAAAUUUCAGAUUUUGGAGCUGCAAUGAUAUAUGAAAAUAAUCAUAACGUAUCAGGAAUAAUUGGAACUCCAUUCUUUUUAGCGCCUGAAGUAAUUAAAGGACGAUAUACUUCAAAAUGUGACUUAUGGAGCUGCGGAGUUAUUCUCUAUUUACUACUUAGUGGUAGCUUUCCAUUUUCUGGAAACUCAAAUAAUGAAAUUUUUAAGUCUAUUUUAAAUGGGCACUAUAGUUUUAGUGGGCCACAAUGACUGUAUAUAUCAGCAGAUGCAAAAGAUUUAAUUUCUAAACUUCUUUGUCCUGAAAAAUCAAGACUUUCUGCAAAAGACUGUUUAGAGCAUCCUUGAAUUGUUAAAAGAUCUAGACCAUAUGGUGAUUCUGAUGGAACUGAAAAUGUAUUAAUAAACUUAAGAGCUUACCAAUGUAAAAGUAAAUUAAAAAGCGCAAUUCAAAUGUAUAUUGCUUCUCAGAUUGCAUCUGCAGAAGAAAUCAGCAAGCUAAAAGAAGUCUUUAUUGCUAUCGACACGAAUGGAGACGGAAAAAUCAGCAAAGACGAAUUAAGAAAUAAGUGCCUUAGUAUAAUGAAAGAAUCUGGCACAGAAGGUGAAGUAGACAAGAUUAUGAACGAAGUCGACACUGAUAAAAAUGGUUUCAUUGAUUAUAAUGAAUUUCUAAGAGCUGCCCUAGAUAAAAGAUUGAUGAAUUCUAGAGAAAAUCUUGCAGCUGCUUUUAAUAUGUUUGAUAAAGAUAAUAGUGGAGCAAUAAGCGCUGAUGAAUUAAGGUCAGUUCUUGGAGAAGGUCUAGAUACUACUGAUAAUGUCUGGACUGAAAUUUUGGACGAGGCUGAUAGCAAUGGAAAUGGAGAAAUUGACAUUAAAGAAUUUGAAGCCUUAGUUAUGAGUAAAUUAUGAUAG